AUGGAGGGUGGUAAAGGGGGAGGGGUGACAGAGGAGUACCCACCUGGUGAGGAGUUUGUGAGAUUCAGCAUUAGUGUACUGGUAGUGUCUGUGUAUUUAUGUGUGUGUGUGUGUUGUGUUGAUGUUUGAAGGUGUGUGUUUUGAUGUUUAUGGAUAUGUUUUUGGGUUUGUGUGUGUGUGUAUGUCUGCUGUGAGUGUCUCAGGUGGCAGUGUUUGUCUGUUGGGGUCUCCUCACAGGGUAUAAAUACCAGAGGGAGGAAGAGAGACAGACAGAGAGAGAUCCUUCCCAUGGAGUAACAAUCCAUAGUGGGAGACACACCAAGCCAAGAAUCAGCCCAAGGCCCAGAGACAGACACAAACACACACAUACAUGCACACUGUGCAGGCUGUGGCUCCAAGGCUUCCCCUGUGCCCCCAUGUGGAGAGAAGCCCCAGGGGAACUGACGCCAGCUGAGACCGAAGAACAAGAAAAGGGCCCAGCUGACACACACACACACACACACACACACACACACACACACACACACACACACACACACACACACACACACACACACACACACACACACACACACAUUGGCUCAGCUGUUAGACUCUGUGGAAAGUCUGAGCGAUACAGAGAGCUAGGAGUGAAGCAGACUGCCAAACUAACCAGGGAGAACACACACUGGGAAAAUAGAUACACAGAGAUGGAGAUAGGGAAAAUGCCACUAUGGGCACACCAUAGGUGUGCCAUGGUAAGAGUCAGAUAGUUGUUUCAUUGAUUGGUUUAAUUGAUGUAUUUGAUAGUGGAGCUACUUGAGUGUAUAUGAAUGGACAUGGGUUGGCAUACCAUUGCAAAUGUACAUCGGUAGUCACAUGGCAUUAUUGUAUAAGGGAGCUACAGAUGUAGGAUCUUAAUUUGCUACAGCAGCAAAAGAAUCCUGCAGCAACAGGAAAUGUGAAUUAUUAUGUGGAUUAUAAUUAAUGGACAUUUUUGUAGGGGUUGAUACAUUUUUCAUAAGGGAAAAUCAAGUCUGAAAUUUCAAAGUGAAAUUACAAACUUCAGAAGCCUUUUUAAAUCUAAAAUACACUACAAGUUUUUAUUUCCUUCAUUGCAGGAAAGUUCUCCUGCGACAAGGCGAUCAAAUUAAGAUCCUGCAUAUGUACAAGGAAAUUGACUAUGGGAAUGAGGACAACAGUUGUUUUUGAAGUCUUAGCCCUUUACAAUAACUACUUCAGGGUCCACUUGGAACAACUCCCUCUGAAUUUGAAUGGCAUAUAAAAAAUAUAGGCCUACCCUUCUUUCUGAAAUAAAAAAUCCUCUAUUUUUCUGGGUGCUCUAAAUGCCAGUCAAAGCCUCCUAGGGCUUCAAUUCUCUCCAGCCAAGAAAAUGACUAAUAGAAGUGAUUGACAGUCCUCCAGUGAUAGGGGUGUCCAUUUAGCAAUGUCACUGUGUCCAAGGCAAAAAUAACCACAGCAGUUCUCUGAGCACCAGAAUUGGGGGAAGAGAGAAAUAAUGUUUUUUUUGGCAGUGGAUCGAUCGCUGAAUGUCUCAUGCAUUUUACUGAAGAUCUAAAUGCCACUCAGAGUGCACAUAGGGUGGAAGGUAGCUUAGCGGUUAGAGUGUUCGAGCUGACAAGUUUAAAAAUCUGUCGAUGUGCCCUUGAGCAAGGCACUUAACCCUAAUUUGCUCCAGGGGCGCUGUAGUACUGUGGCUGACCCUGUAAAACAACAUAUUUCACUGCACCUACAGUAUCUGGUGUAUGUGACAUUAAAAAAUAUAUAAUUAGACCCCCUGAAUGAGACAUGAGUCCCCCUAAAUGCAACAAAGUUAAUCUUUGGGGAUCUCUAAAUAAUGCUAAUUUAACCAUUCUCCUAUUUUGUUUAAAAUGCAAUUUGUACUGCUACUACAGUGGUAAAUAUUAAAAUAAAAGCUUAUUCCAAAUUAAAUGAACACCCCCACCUCUGUGUCAUGUUAUUUAUUUUAUUAUCCCAAUGUGGCUGCACUUGUCAUCCUGGUACAGUCCUGUAUCUAUUUUCUUUCUACAGAAAAGGUCAUUUUGUCAGCAAGAUGCAUCAAUUAAUUCAAGCUACAAAAGUGUACAAUUGUCGAAUGUCAUUACACUUUUUGGUAUUUUGUAACAGAUGUCUCCUUCAUAAUGGCGCGGAAUUGGAUGCUGGAAUUAUUUUGGAGUGGAAGAACAUGCGCAGGUAGCCUACUAUUUGAAGUGAUCAUGACUGGUUAUGUUCAUGCCAAAUUUAAAGGUAAUACAUUUUAACCGUUAAAUGACAUGUCUUUACUAUUAGGCCCAUACAUUUUUUGGCACACAUAGGAGGUUCCGUAAAAAAUAUAUAGAUCCCCCCCGAAUGUCAUGGAAUAAUUUGCUCUCUGAUGCAACUUAUGGUAUAAUACAGAACUAUAAUACAGAUCUCAGAUCUCCACUUUAUAGAAAUUCCACCAGAUUUAAGUUAUACUGGUAGGACUAGGACUAUUCAUCAAACUAACGUGUCCCCUACCGCUUCUACUCCCAUUUCUCCUCUCCUCUCCUCUCCUCUCCUCUCCUCUCCUCUCCUCUCCUCUCCUCUCCUCUCCUCUCCUCUCCUCUCCUCUCCUCUCCUCUCCUCUCCUCUCCUCUCCUCUCCUCUCCUCUCCUCACUAUGGAGGAGGGGACCCUAGAGACAUAUGCCCCCCAUGCCGGCCGAGCUCCAUCACUCCUACUCCAAGUUCUCAGACUGGAAGUUCAAGCUGUUCCGGGUCAGGUCCAUGGAAAAGGCCCCGCUGCCUGGGUAGACACAGCCUGAGAGAGGGGCCUUGUCUGGGGUCAUGGCCACUCCACUCCUGGGGGAGAUGGUGGGGGAUAUGGUGGGUAUCUCAGGGAAUGUGAUGAGGCUGUGCCUGGUGUGUAAGAGCAAGGAGAACGUGGAGGGGCUGGGGAGGAGAGUGGAUCUGAAACUGCCAGAGAUGGACACACAUAUGACCCACCUCAGGCCAGUGAAGAAGUAG